CUCACGCUCGCUCCCCUCCAACCGUCCACCAACCUCCUCCCCCCAAUCAUGCUCACACCACGACGCACCUUCGCACAUCGCUCCACACCAGUCACCAGCAGCCAGCCAUUUCCCCUGCUCCUGUGCUAGCUACUAGCUUUGUACUAAACCCUCGUCCCGUGCACGCCGUCACGCCGCUCGUGCGUCCCACCUGCACACCCCCAGCACGCCUGAGCGAGCGAGGGAGGGAGGGAUGGACUGGUACGAGUGGCUGCGCAGGGCGGGGCUGGGCGAGGACCUGGCCGCCGAGUACGCGCUCCUGUUCGCGCGCAACGAGCUCGGCGCCGCCGACGUGCGCCACCUCGACCACGCCUUCCUCGCCACCAUGGGCGUCGCCGUCGCCAAGCACCGCCUCGAGAUCCUCAAGCUCGCCCGGAGGGAGUCCUCCGCCUCCGCCGCCAUCACCGUCCUGCCGUGGCGCGCCACCAGGCUGCUCGCCGCCGCCGCGCAGCGGUCGGCCCGCUCCCUCGCCGGCUGCCUCCGCUCCGCCGCGCGCCGGGGCAGGUCCAAGGCCGCCGUCGCGCCGCGCCCGCUGGCGCUCUGCCACCAGGGCGUGGCGGGGCCGGCGCGGUGGAAGGGCGCGCCCACGGCCGCGGACGGCCGCGGGGUCACGAAGAGGAAGCUGGCGGCCCUCCUGGCUCGCGUGGGCAAGCCCAUGCACACGCUCACCAACAGCGCCGGACGAAAGGGGACAAGGAACUCCGCGGCGCCGACGACGUACAUGGCCACGGCGAUCGCGGCGGGGUGCUUCACCAGCACGGAGACCUGCGGCAGCGACUACGACGCCGACGACGACGAGGACGAGGACGCCGAGACGGACGACGGCGGCGGCGAGGACCCGGAGACGCCGUGGGAGUCCAUGUUCGAGGAUCUGAAGCCCACCUAGGCGAGCCGCGCAUGCGUGCGUCAGAAAAAGACACGUCCAUCCAUCCAUCCAAUCCAUCAACGGCGCACCGGCCAGCCAGUGGCUCAGUGGUGGUCACUGCACUGCACUGCACUACUAACCGCUCGCCAGUGGCGCCGCUGCUACGUCUGUAAGACUGUGUAUACUUCCGCGCCCUGUAAAAUCUUGUGUCGUGUGUUUAAUCUACCACUAACAGCGUUGCAAUGCAUAUUUGAGCUCAUUUUGUUUGA